AUGGCCUUGCGAGCGCAGCGCCGCUACUCUUCGGAUCGCUGGCUGGCAUGCCGGCUGGCCUUCUGGAUGCUGGUGAUCGGGGGCCCUGUCAUCGUGUAUCCUGUUGCCGAGUUCUUCAAUAGUUGGGGCAACAGGAGCAGCAAGUACAUGGCUAGCUACAACGUGGCCAUGCAAAAUUUCUGCUUCCUGCUGGGGCCUUCUCUUGGAGCUUCAGUGCGUUUCUCUUUGGAGGGCCUGAUUGGAACGAUGCUGGCGCUGGGGAACGUUCUCUUGAUCAAUCGUGCGUUUGGUUCUUAUAUGAACGGAGGCGCUUUCGCAAGUCGCAUGAAUGUAACAGAUGUUGCGCUUGGGCAACUCAUUUACGACUCCGAGUGGCUGCCUUUAUGCAACUUGGGCACAGGGGAGCGCUUUGUGCAGACUAAUAGCACGGCCGAAUUCUUCCGAGAAUGCCUCUUCAACGUGCACUGGGACUCUCUGACGGAGGGCUCGUUGAGGUCCUUAAUCGUCUUGGCAGAUCUCACGCUCUUUUCAAGCAUCUUUCUCUGGAUCGGCUUUGGUUGUUGUGUGCGCGUUUACGCUUUGAUCUACACAAUUUAUUGGGCAAUGUCCUUCGUAAACCCUGAAUCUGCGGCGUUCAGUGAUGAUCCCUCCGAUCCAUGGACUCAAUCCAUCAUGACUUGCACUGGUGCCUUCAUCGCCGUGCUGAGCCAGUUGCUGCCUUGCAGGAAUGAUGCUUUGAGCAAGGCUGCAAGUCUUGCAGCAGAGCUUGCAGAGACCACGAGUGCUGUGAUCGAAGCACUGCCACUUGCUGCAUCAAGAGCAGAGGUCCGUCUUGCCAUUGAGUCUGCAAUAGAUGGGACUGGGCUUUGGCAAGACGACAUCGCGGAACACUUGGCCUAUGCCUGGUUUGAGGACUUUGACAUUUGGCCUUCCAGAUGCCAAAGGCGAAAGAAGCUCGAGGCCUACGUGGAACUACUUGGUUCACUUCUGCAACAUGCCUCGAUGGCCAGCCGCCUUGCCGGGCAGACUCUCGAAACCCAACAUGAGUGCUUUGCGGCAACGUUGCCCUCCAUUCAGGACGUGUGUUGCAGCGCUGCUCGGGCCGUGCCUGUCCCUGGCGAGUGUGUGGAUGACAGUGCACAAGAAGAUUACUUGGCAGCCAUGGACAGUUUGGAGGUGGAGUUUCCCAAGGCUGCAUCCCAGCUCAGCGGAGUUGCCAUGAGCUUGGCCUUGGCGCUUUGCACCAUUGCAUCAGGCGCGAUCUCGCGGCUGAAGCUGCUGGACACCACAACCUUCAAAACAACUUGCAAUCCUCUGAGGCAACUUGGCUGGUCUUACAAACUAGUGAAUUUCUUGAGCCAAGGUCAGUAUCCAUCGCACCGGCGGUUUGUGCUGCGAAGCACGCUGGCGAUCUUGUUUUCAUUUUUGUUUGGUUGGUUGGGAUUGGAGCGAAUGCUGAAUGCCUACAACUCCGGAGCAGCAGUCACAGUUGCCACCGUCGUGUCUACCACGACAGGGGCUGGUUUCUCCCUUGGCCUGAUAACCAGGCGCCUGAAUGCAGUUGUCGUGGGCACGGUCUUGGGACACUCCGUUGGCCAAGUUCUCGCAGUUCAAACAGAGUUCCAUGCCACACUAUUUGCUUUGUGGCUGUGGGUAUACGCUUUCGUCUUGAUCUUUCAGAUUCUGCACUCUUCGACAAAUGCAGGAGUUGCACUUCCCACAUUGGCCAUUGGUGUUUAUUCUGUAGUACCUUCAUCUGGCGUUUUUCGAUACUAUAAUACCUCGGUCAAUGUGCAAGCUGAGCUUUCUUUGGGCUCCAGCGUAAAGGCGGCGGUGCUUGGAGGAGCCAUCAUGUUGCUGAUUGAUUUGUUCCUCUUCUCCAGUGCACGAAGCCUGGCCCAACAGCAGCUGAAGCACACUGUGGAGAAGUGUAAAGGCCUGCUCACACGGGUCUUGGACUUGAACCACGUGCAGCUCAAAGAAGCAUCUAAUGCCGAUGGAUCUUCCAAUGAGGAGGCCCUUGUCCUGCACCAUCUGGAUGAAUUGAAGAGGCUCCUACCCAGUGCUGCGCAAGAGCCGAAGCCAAAAGGAAUUGAAUUUCCUUUGGAGCUCUUCGAGAAACUUCAGGGCUGGUUCCGUAUCGUGGUGUCCGAACUGGGCACGCUGGAAUGGCUCUUCGCAAUGAUUGCCGAAGCUUCGUUAACGUCAUCUUCCGACUUGCCUCACCAGAAAGAUGUCGAGUCGCUUUUGCUCGAGAUGGAAUCAUUCUUCACCAAAGAACUCAACGAUAUCCAGGUCAUGCUGCAAGAUUUGUACGCCAGGAGACUGCAGGCGGCGUUGGGUGGUGAUGCCACUGAGGGCACCGCUGGUUCAGCCGCAGCCAUUCGACAGUCUAUUCUGGAUCGCAAAGAAGAUUCCCUCAGAUCAGCAAGUCCUCAGUCAAGCCACUUUGCAAGGAGGUUGUCUGUUCUGUACGUGGCUGCAGGAUCGAGGAAGCAACUCUUCCAGCAGUUGGUCGAGAAGAUGCGGAUGGCAGCAAGCACAGUGCGUGGAAGAACUCCACUCUUCGACAGGCUAUCGCAAGUUGAGCUCCUGAUCAGUGCCCUCCAUACUUGCAGCGCGGCUAUCUCAAACAUUCAGAUGGCUUUGGCGCAAUACGGAUGA